AUGUCAAGGAUAACAAAUACCUCCUCCUUUCUCUCCCAACCUCCAUCGUCCCCCUCGCACCACCGUGAUGACGCCCUCGAAGCAGUCUCGACCACCGUCUCCCCGGACAAUGGCUCCACCACCUCCUUCCCAAUCCCGGAGUUCAAGAUCGGCACGCUAGAUGCCCUUGUCCAGCAGGCGGAAGAGCUCUCCAAGCUCGAGGCUUCGUGCGAGAGUGUCGUUGCCAAGGUCGGCGAUGCGUUGAAGAACAUCCUUGAGGACGAGUCGCAGAUUGAGCAGAUGAAGGUUGUCAACGAUAAGCCGGUCGAUCAGUACCUGCGUACUUUCCAAUGGAACAAAGUCAAGUACAGGGCCGAUAAGCCCUUGGCGGAGUUGAUUGAUCUGUUGCAGAAGGAAGCGACCAGCAUCGACAACGACAUCCGAUUCAAGUACUCCCAAUAUAACCAGGUCAAGAACACGCUGUCCACCCUGCAGCGGAAACAAACAGGAAACCUCUCAACCAAGUCCCUCGCCUCGGUGGUCGACCCGAAAUCCAUCAUCCAGGACUCCGAAUACAUCGAAACCCACCUCGUCGCCGUGCCCGCCCAGCUAGUAAAAGACUUCCUCAAGACCUACGAGACCGUCGCGCCAAUGGUGGUCCCACGGUCCGCGCAGCUGGUCGCUUCCGACAGCGAGUUCACGCUGUACGCUGUGGCGGCGUUCAAGAAGCACAGCGCCGAAUUCGUGCAUAAGUGCCGUGAGCAGAAGUGGAUCCCGCGCGACUUCAAGUACGUCGAGGGUGGGAAGGAGGAGGAGCGCAAGGAGGUUGAGCGCGUUGGUGGUGAUGAGCGUAAGGUAUGGGGUGAGACGCUGCGACUCGGUCGCACGGCUUGGAGUGAAGCUGUUAUGGUCUGGAUUCAUAUUUUGGUUCUGAGGGUGUUUGUCGAGACAGUACUGCGGUAUGGAUUGCCGUUGGAUUUCGUCUGUGCUUUGGUCCGGACACAAACUUCCAAGCAAGCAGACCGCGCAAAGCAGAACCUCGAGAAUAAAUACUCGUAUCUGGCGGGCAAUGCCUUUGGCGGGACAAGAAGGGCCAUACAAAGUUUCGAGAAGACGUUGCGUACAUAUACCACUUCUGGUACAUCUAGCACCAACUAG